GGACCGUUACGUCCCCGUAUUCAUCAUGCAACGAUGAUAUGAAAGAAUUUGCAUGCACCAAUCGCUUACAUAGAUCUGCGCUUAUCUAGCUAGUUACUUUUGGGGAGGUCCUCUGCGCACGCCUUCAUGAAUCACCAAUCAAUGUUCAAUGUAUACAAACCUGGAGUUGUCAAUAUUCUCAAAGAGUGGAUAUCUUCGACGCUCCAUAGUGGAAGUCUCUUCGAGUGGGAGUGGGAACCAUGCCCUCUCUCUUUAGUAAUAAUAGAUGAUAAGAACACCAAACGCCAAUUCAAUGAUGCUUUGGAGGGUGGUGUACUGAUAAACACGGUGAAUCAUAUAAAAUAAGAGUUUGUCUUCUAGGCUUAAAACACGUCAGUAGAGACGCGAGUUCGGACAAGAUCGGUUAAACAAUUUUUCGACUAGAGAAAAUCGGUUGCCUUUUAGAAGAAUACUUCGCUGAGAAAACUUAGAUAGAUUGAGUGAGAAGCUAUGUGAGGAUAUUACAGUGAGUGGUUAACUGGAUGUUUAAUCCAAUAAAGUCUUCCGUUAAGACGAAUAAACCCAGUUGUUCGACAAAUUGGUACACUUUUCCAUAACCAGUUUCAAAUGUUUGAAAUUUGAAUCUGAGUUUCUUCUAAAAAAAGACGUGGUCAUAUACAAUUGCACUUUAUCACCCGGUAUUUAUCACUGAACCAAUCAAAUUGCCAGCGGAAGCGAGGAACACCCCAUCAAUUGAAACAACCUAUUAUCAUCGUUUCGUGGGUGAUACUGGCACGGCGACACUGCGACCACGAUGUUAUCGGCCGAAGCAACAACAAACAUCAAUCGUACCAACACGGUCAACAAACUGCAAAAGUUCUUCCUACUGUUGGAGAAGAACUGGAUCAUCCAGAAGCGACACUACCUGCAGACGCUGUUCGAAAUUGUCAUUCCAGUACUGUGCUGCUCGAUAUUGUUGUUCAUUCGAGGUCCAGUGAUACCCAUUUCGCAGCCUACAACCUUCGCACCUCUGUCCACCGGAAAGCUCAACUACCAUGUUUGGAUCAUUGAUAACAAGGAGAUCGACUACCGACUGGCCUACUCUCCACAGAAUGCGAUACUGGACCGAAUCAUGACGGAAGCGGCCGAAUCGCUGAACAUCACCACCAUCAGCUUCCCGAAUGCUCAAGCCUUGGAGUUCAACCUCAGGAGUCAGAACAUUUUGACGGGCGUGGAGUUCAGUGAUUCGCUUUCGAACGCAACCAGUCUUCCGGAGCAGGUCAGCUUCUCACUGCGCUUCCCCGGUAGACUUCGCAGCCCUGGCGGACUGGUGUGGGACUGGUCCACAACGGUCUUGAUGGAACCGUACUCGCCACGUCCUCGUAGUCGUUUCUCGGACGACGGUGGCCCUCCCAGCUAUUUCGAAGAGAACUUCAUCUCCGUUCAAGCCGCGGUAUCGGCGUCCAUCAUUCGGGAGCGUAGUCCUGCUGUGGAAAUACCCCCCGUCUUCGUUCAGCGCUACCCUUACCCACCCUACAUGGAUGACCCGGUAGUGCAAUCCAUGGAGCAAAUGCUAUCUCUGAUCCUUAUGCUGUCGUUCUUCUACACCUGCAUCGUGAUUGUCAAGCACAUCGCCGUAGAGAAGGAACGACAGCUGAAGGAGGCCAUGAAGAUCAUGGGGCAGCCCAACGGACUCCACUGGGCGGCGUGGUUCAUCAAGAACCUUAUACUGCUGGAGAUUGUCAUAACGUUGAUCACGGUGCUGCUUUGUGUUCCCUUCGGUAACCCCGCCAUACUGAACUACUCGGACGCGACCGUUAUAUGGGUCUUCCUGGUCAUCUACUGUAUUACUAUCAUCUGCUUCUGCUUCAUGAUGAGCGUCUUCUUCAGCAAAGCCAACAUUGCCGCCGGUAUUGCUGGACUGAUGUGGUUCGUGUUCGUGGUGCCGUUCAAUGUGACCGCAGGGAACUACGACGGAAUGAGCACCGCCGGUAAGGUUGGGCUGAGCUUGUUCUUCAACAGCGGCAUGUCGUUUGCGAUGUUGAACAUCCUACGCUUGGAAGGUAAUCAAGAGGGAUUACGAUGGGGUACCAUGUUUACAUCCACCACGAUCGACGAUGGAUACAGCGUGGGUCUUGGGAUCAUCAUGCUUCUGGUGGAUGCUGUGAUCUACUUGGUAAUCGCUCUGUACGUGGAACAGGUCAUGCCCGGACAGUUUGGAGUGGCCAAACCGUGGAAUUUCCUGUUCAAGAAGGAGUUCUGGAUCAAGAAACAACUCGAGGCGGAAAGCGUUCCUCGGAAAGCUGUUCAAAGACAGAAUUCGAAGUUCUUUGAGGAGGAACCCACCUCGAAGAAUUCAGGCAUUCAAACGGUCAACUUGCGCAAGGUUUUCAGUGGAAACAACGUGGCAGUUGAAGGUUUGAACGUCAAGAUGUACGAGGAUCAGAUCACAGUCUUGCUUGGUCACAACGGAGCAGGCAAGACCACCACAAUGUCUAUGCUCACGGGAAUGUUUUCGCCCACUUCCGGAGCAGCAUACGUGAACGGGCAUGACAUUCGAACGGAUAUCGAAGGCGUACGACACUCGAUGGGGCUGUGUCCUCAGCAUAACGUGCUGUUUGAUGAGAUGACCGUCUCAGAACAUCUGAGAUUCUUCGGUAGAUUGAAAGGUGUAUCAAAGGAAGCUCUCGACGGUGAAAUUGACAGGUAUCUGCAGAUGUUGGAGCUGUCGGACAAGAAAAACGCACAGUCCCAAACACUUUCCGGUGGUAUGAAGCGUAAGCUAUCAGUAGGGAUCGCACUUUGCGGAGGCUCUAAAGUCGUUCUGCUGGACGAACCGACCUCAGGAAUGGAUCCCUCAGCACGUAGAGCUCUGUGGGAUUUGCUCCAGAGAGAGAAGAAGAACCGGACAAUGCUGCUGUCAACGCACUUCAUGGACGAAGCGGAUGUUCUGGGUGAUCGUAUUGCGAUCAUGGCGGACGGAGUCUUAAAGACGGUUGGAUCUCCGUUCUUCCUGAAGAAGACUUUCGGCGUUGGAUAUCGACUGAUUUGCGUGAAGGGGCCAUCUUGUGACAGGGGACUGUUGUGUCAGAUCUUGAAGAACUACAUUCCAGAUGUACGAGUCGAAACCGAUAUUGGAUCGGAGUUAUCAUUUGUAUUGAAGGACAGCCACAUCGAAGUGUUUCAAAAAAUGCUGGAAGAAUUGGAGCAUCGGAUGGAAGAAUGUGGCAUCACCAGCUAUGGAAUAUCCCGGACUACGAUGGAGGAGGUGUUUUUGAAGGCAGGCAGCGACACAUUACUGGAAACAGAAAACUCCAAUGGAACUUCAAUUGAGACCUCCAACGAAAACUAUUCUUUGAACAACGUGAACCUCUUGACAGGAAGUGACCUGUUAUUCAGCCAAAUAAAGGGUCAAUUUUUGAAGAAGAUGCUAUCUACGCUUCGUUCCUUGCUUUCGCUACUUAUUCAGAACGGAAUUGUUAUUCUCUUCGUUAUUAUAACAUUUGCGUUUACCCAAAGUGGCUCUAGCAGCCAGGAUUUACCACCGUUGAAGAUAACUCUGGAUUCGUACAGAGACACUAUGACGGUAUUGGAAGGCGAUUCUACAGCUGAUACCAGAGUACAAGCCUAUCAGAACAUAUUCCAGGACAUAGGUGGAUCGCAUCGGCUGGUGAACGUCCCUAAUUCGGUACCAGAGUUCAUUCUAGAGAAAUACUUGGCGGACCUUUCCGAAGUUAACACACGCUACCAAGUGGGAGCCACCCUCAACGAUACAGCUUACACCGCCUGGUUCAACAACAAAGGCUACCACACUGCUCCAUUAGCUUUAUCGCUGAUCUACAACGCCAUCGUGACUUCUGUAUGCCCAACUUGUGAAAUCACCGUAGUCAACAAACCUCUCCCGUUUCGGCAAGACACCUCAAGCUCAGAUGCCUUCGACAACGGAUUUCUGCUAGCCUUCGACACCGGUAUUGCAAUGGCUUUCGUCGGAGCUUUCCUCAUUCAGUUCUACAUACGCGAAAGAACCUCUCGUGCCAAACUCCUUCAAUACGUCAGUGGAACCAACAUCACUCUCUACUGGAGCGUCGCCUUCAUCUGGGACUACCUCGUGUUCCUUGUAACCGCGCUACUGUACAUCGCAACGCUCGCCAUCUUCCAGGUAGAAGGCCUGUCCUCCUUUGCAGAACUUGGCCGUGUAUUCCUCCUGUUGAUGCUGUUCGGCGUGGCGUUUCUACCUACCAACUACCUUCUGUCGUUCCUGUUCUCUGUGCCGGCCACCGGUUUCGUAGUUGUUCUUCUGAUCAACAUCGUUUCCGGGCUGAUAUUCUUCUUCCUCGUACUCUUUCUCAAGGCGGCUGAUAUGAUGUCCAUUGGCAACGCCCUCGAAUGGGUCUUCAUGCUCUGCCCGAAUUUUGCACUCACGCACGGACUGAACAACAUUAACCAAAUCAUCAGUAACGAUGCAUCUUGUCGAAAGCUUUGCGAACUUGACAGCUUAUGCACAAUAGAGAACAUGUGUCAGAUUGACUCCACCUGUUGCAUUCCGGAUGUUCUCUCGUUCGAUGAACUCGGAAUCAACCGCAACCUGCUGUUUCUUGCCUUUGUCGGAGUGUCGUCAUUUUUGGUGAUCUUGGCACUGGAUUACCGGUUGAUCCAUAGAAUCAUCAACAGUGUGUACAAACGCAAGCAUCCAUUGACACCCGCACCCGCUGAUGAAGACUCGGACGUUACGGCAGAGAAGAAACGCGUUCAAGGAAUGUCUCCCAUCGAGCGCAACCAGUACAACUUGGUCAUGAAGGACCUUACAAAGUACUACAAGAAACUCGCCGCGGUGAACAACCUCUCGGUGGCGAUCGAUCGUUCGGAGUGUUUCGGGCUUUUGGGAAUCAACGGUGCCGGCAAGACCACUACGUUCAAAAUGAUGACCGGCGACGAGAGCUUCUCGUCCGGGGAGGCUUGGGUCAACGGCUUCAGUUUAACAAGCGACAUGACCUCCGUCUACCGGAAUAUAGGCUACUGCCCUCAGUUCGAUGCCUUGCUAGACGAUCUGACAGGACGCGAAACGCUUAUGAUGUACGCACUGCUGCGGGGAGUUCAACGCGAGGACGUCGGUAAUGUAUCACUGACACUGGCCGAGGACCUGAACUUCCUGAAGCAUAUCGACAAGAAAAUCAAAGAAUACAGCGGGGGAAACAAACGGAAGCUAAGCACGGCUUUGGCCUUGAUGGGCAAUCCAUCGGUGGUGUACCUGGAUGAACCGACGACUGGCAUGGAUCCGGGAGCGAAACGACAGUUCUGGGACAUGAUCUGCAAGGUACGGAGUUCAGGCAAAUCGAUCGUACUGACAUCGCACAGCAUGGAGGAGUGCGAAGCGUUGUGCACUCGACUGGCGAUCAUGGUCAACGGGGAGUUCAAGUGUUUGGGUUCAACGCAGCAUUUGAAGAACAAGUUCUCCAAGGGAUUCUUGUUGACCAUCAAGGUGAACAAGUCGGAGGAUGCUCAGGAACAGGACAGACGAGUUUGCGAGGUGAAGGCAUUUGUGAUGAGUCAGUUCAGUGGGGCCAUAGUGAAGGAAGAAUACCAGGAUUCGCUGAGCUUCCACGUGCCUCAAACCGAUCUCAAGUGGUCGGCGAUGUUUGGAUUGAUGGAGUCCAACAAGGAUCGGUUGAAUAUCGAAGACUACGCACUUGGGCAGACCUCGUUGGAGCAAGUGUUCCUGUUCUUCACCAAGUAUCAGAAAGAGCUCUGAAAAUAUGCACGGGCCGCAUGAUGUCAUCGCAAGUAAAAUUUCUUGUUGAUCAAGCUGACAAAAUAC